AUGUCCAUACCAAAACCCAACAACGGCACGCUUCGACUCGGGUCUAUUGCGCCAGACUUCACGACAGACACAUCGCUCGGAGAGCUCCAUUUCUACGAGUACAUAGACCAGUCGUGGUGUAUACUGUUUUCCCACCCUGACGACUUCACCCCCGUGUGUACGACAGAGCUAGGGGCGUUUGCGAAGCUCGAGCCGGAGUUCACUAGGAGAGGCGUCAAGAUGAUUGGAUUGAGUGCCAAUGAUGCCGACUCCCACCGUUUGUGGAUCAAAGACAUUGAUGAAAUCACAGGAAGCCACCUGUCUUUCCCCAUUAUUGCCGACCCGGACCGCCGUAUUGCCCUCUUGUACGACAUGAUUGACCACCAGGACGCAACCAAUAUCGACGACAAGGGGGUCCAGUUGACCAUCCGUUCGGUCUUCAUCAUCGACCCGGCUAAAACAAUCCGUUUGAUUAUGACCUACCCGGCCAGCUGCGGGAGAAACACCGCUGAGGUUCUCCGUGUCGUUGACUCCCUACAAACUAGUGAAAGACUCUCUAGGAAAGUCACCACCCCUAUUAACUGGGUCCCCGGUGACGACGUCAUCAUUGCCCCCACCGUUGACGACAACGAGGCCAAGCAGCUCUUCCCAAAGUUCCGCAGCAUUAAACCCUACCUCCGUUUGACACCGCUCUCCAAAUGA